GGAGCGGGCCGAGGGCCGUUGAGGUAGGGCAAGGGGCGGUGAGCCGCCGUCGCCAUAGCAACGGGGGGACGCGCUCGGCGAGGCGGGUCCGGCCGCGGCCGCACAGAUCAGUGUUGAGGGAGGAGGAAGAUACCUCCUCCUGCAAGAGAAGGAAAUAGUACAUAACAUCUAUGGAUGCAGCUGGCUGUGAAAGGACACCUGUGUCUAUGGCCUCAGCUCAACUUAAGAACUUCAAACAAUGAGUCAGACUGGUGAAGAAAGUUCCAGUUCCAGUGACACAGAAUCGGAAAUCGAGAAUGAGCAACUGAUCUGCACUCUAGCGCCAACAGUUUAUAGCCGAGAUGAGGGAUCCAUCGAUGUAGCUGCUAGUCCUGCAUUUCAGUGUUUAGAUGAGCUGUUUUCUGCUGGAAAAAUCACAGACACCAGAGUAGCUGAGCUGAAGGAGAAGUACACCCUGCUGCACAAGACUGUGAUAAGUUUACAGGAAUCUGAGAUCCAGCUGUUGCAGGAAGCCAAACGUCUCAGUGUAGAACUGGAACAACAGCAACAUGAACUGGAAAAAGCAGAACAGUUCCCUGAAGAGUCUUCCAGUGAAGUUUCCCGAAUAAGGCAACAACUUCUUAGUUGCCAAAAUGAAUACAAUGCUAUUAAAGAAAGAGAGUAUGAUGUUCAAUUCAAGAUGCAAUGUCUGCAAGAAGAAAAAAGGUUUCUGGAGACUGAAUAUGAAAGAAUUCCAAAACAAAAGGAUGCAGAUAAGAAAAUAAAACAGUUGAAAGAAAAUUGUGACGAGCUCUGCAAAGAAGUAAUCCAAAGGAAAGCAGAAAUUAAUGCACUAAAGGAAGGUGUUUCAUCCAAGCAAAAGCUGAUGCUAAUAGACAAGAAAGAAGUGGAAAAUAUUCUGGAGAAGCAGGCCAAUUUAAAAGUAACACAAAAUGAUGAACUUGUUAAGCUCCUUGGUGUUCCAGCACAACUUGGAAAAGAAACUGAGAAGAUUAAUCGAAAAAAAAUAGAUGCAGAGAAGAUGACAGAGGCCCUUAAUGAUGAAAUAGAAGAGCUGAAUGGUACCCUGAAAGCCAUUGAAAAAAGGAAUGAGGAGAUUUUGCAAGAAAGAGAAGAUGUAGUAAAGGAACUGGAUGGGAAACAAAUUUUGCUAGAAAGCAAAGAACGAGAAUGCAGUGCUUUGACAAAAUUCCUAGAAAUUAGCAGAGAGAAGGAAUCAGCAGUCCUGUCAGAGAGAGAAGCUCUGGAAGAUAAUUUAAAUAAGUGUGUCAUGGAGAAAAAAUGGCAACAGGAUGUUCUUAUUCAGAAGCAAACACAGAAAGACAGAGAACUGAAGAAUUUAAAGAAGAUCGAGUUACAACUGAAUAUGAUUUAUGAUUCCUUGGAACAAGAUAAGUCACAACAUAAACAACUCAAAUUAGAGGCAGAAGCCAUCCCUAAAAGUAGUGGAGUAUUAUUAGAAAGACGACGAGAACUGAAGAAGGAAAUUGAAAUGAUCAAGAGAAAUUUAGCCGAGCAGGAAAUGAUAUCAGAUAUGGAUGCCCACACAUUGGAAAAAUGUAUUGCUGAAGAAGGCCGGCUUGUCAAAGAGCAGGAAAAAUGCAGAGAUGAGUUAUCCAGACUUGCACAUCUGACUUUGCUCAGAGUUGAAGAGAAGGAAAGGAAAUGUAGGGAGCUUCAGAAAGCCCAGGUACAACUCCAAAAUCUUAUUAAAGAAAUAAAAAGAAAGGAUCUUGAAAUAAGACAGUGUAAAAAGAGGAAAAGAAAAAUCCAAAGAGAAGUCCAAGGAUUUUCUCAAAUGCAUGAUGUUAUUCAAAGCGAAAAGAAUAAAUGUAUAAAUUUGGUGAACGCUGCUCAGCAGAAAAUAAGUGAAAUUAAAAACCAGACCAAAUUGCUAGGAAAUGAAAUAGCAAACUUAAGGAAUAUUAUUAUGACCAAGGAAAGAAAAUUGCAGAAACAACAUCUGAAGAAUAAAAAUAAUGUCGCAAUUACAGACAGUCUCAAAAAUGAUUGUCGCAAAAUUGCACAAAGCAUGCACGAGAUGGAAGAAAAGAAAAAGCAACAGGCUCUGGAUCUCGAGAGGCUCAACAAUAUGGUCACCCGCAUCGAGGGGGAAAUGGAGCAGCUACGCAAAAAAUAUGAAAGGGCUGUUCAGGAACAAAGUGAGAGUGGUCUUCUGCUCAGAGAUCGAGAAGAAGAGCUGUGCAUUUUAUAUGAAAAAAUAAACAUGCAAGAAAUGUUGUGUAGAAAUGGAGAUAUUGAGAUACAAGUUCUGGAUGAAAAGAUCAGAUUUCUGAAGCUGAAGGUAGCUGAGAAAAAGAGACAGAUUAAAUUGUGGCUCAAAGCGCUCCCAAUGAAGAAGGACCUGGAUGCACAUGUGGUGGUACUUCAGAUACAGUAUUCCCAGUGCAAGGACAGGAUCAAACAGAUGGAGGCGACCUUUACUGACCCCAUGAACGAGACAAGAAAGCGAGACUUAGGAGGGACGGACCUGUCUCCACCUGAGCUGCUAAAAAAGAUUGAGCAGCUGGAGGUGGAGCUGGUGCAGAAGGAGGAGAAGUUGCUGGAGAUGGAUCUUCUCUACGAGCAGGUUUCCCAGCUGACAGACGGAAUCCGUGCCACGGCAAAGAGCGGGAAGCAGGACGUGCUGCUGUUGGCUCAAACGAUGAACGAACUGCAGAGGAAGUUAAAGGAGAAAACCAAGCAGAUGAUGGCUCUUGUUGCAGAGCUCUCCAUGAAGCAAGCACUUGCCAUCAAACUCCAGCAGGAAAUGAGACACAAAGAACAGUUUUUGAUGACCGUUUCAUCAAGGAUAGAUCAAGGCCUUCCACCUCCCAAAGAAACAGAAAUGGAAUGGUUGAAGGUUUUACGCAAUGAGAAGAUGCAAAAAGAUGCAGCUGAAGCCAGAGCUAAACGUGCUGCUGAAGAGGAACAAGCAGCAGGGCCCGGCCGUGUCCACACGACAGCUGAACAACGCCCGACCGCCUACAUCCCGGACGAUGAAUACAGCCUCCCGCUGCCGCGGCCCUACGGCGCCCGGGCUCCCUUCAAACCCAGCGAACCGGGGUCAAACAUGAGACACUUCAGAAAACCUGUUGAAAAGCCAAUUGAAAUCUGAACAGACAGCACCUGAAUCAGGAAAGGCCACUACCAGCUGCUGAAUCCCAGGAGGAAUGUCUGUUAGCGUUCAGCCAAAUUCCAUCCUGAAACCAAAGUAUUUUAGUUGUUAAUCCCAGAAGCACAGCUCAAUAGUCAGUGACAAGUUCCCUGCUGGUAUCCCAAAUGCAGUGCAGUAUUUUAAAGUGCUAAUAACAGUGAUCACCAUACUACAUUUACUUUUUUCCAGGUGAAGUUUUAUUGCAUCUAAUACAUUUCAUUAUAAAGAAAAGGCUAGAAAAAUCUUGUCUUUAUUAUUAAUACAAAGUCCCCGUCACUUACACAAAUACACCAACACAGCUUCCUGCCAGACAAA